AUGGACACAUCGGCGGACCAACCAGCGGGGAACAGCAUGACAGACAUGGCAGAAUUGGACGAGAUGCUGGAGCCCCCACAGCGUGAGAGUGUCGAUGAGAUGUUUCUGAGAUUAUUGAAAUUGGUAGAUUUGCUGUAUAACGAGGCUUCCCCGGUUGAAGGAAAUGAAGGUAUGGUCGAUUUUGCUCUCCAAACCGGAAAUGCAAUUGUGCCACUGGUGCGGACGCUCCGUGAACAAUUCGAUGAGCAGAAAGCCCGAAUUACUAAACAGGACACUGCCAUUGGCAAACUCGGAGAUGCGCUGGCCCAGAAAGAAAUCGAACUGAAAAUUGCUUACGCGAAGAUGGAGGAAGCUGCGAAGAGCAAUAGCAGCCAGGAGUCAAGUGAGGAUGAAGAGCAACAUGCGCUCAACAAUCUUACCCUCUCGACAUGGAUCGCAGAUCAAGCGGUCUAUAAAGAAAAUGUUGAUAACAUCACUCGCGACGCAUUCCAGUAUGGACGGUUUGAGCCAGACACCGGAAAUCCCAACAAUCUCAUAAAUAAUUCCGAAAAUAAUCAAUCGCGGCGGCCGAGCUUUGAGGCGGGGAUGGAGGCCGAAAACCAACCAUCACCAGAUUCUUCCGAGGCCAGCCAGCCAGCCAUUAAUCAAUUUGGGCGUACAUCGUCUGAAGAGUCACUCCCACAACAGGCAUACGAUAUGACCUUCCCCUCCAGCCGUGGAACUUUUAUACGACCUGGCCCCGUUUACGAAAGAAUAUUGGCUCCUCGCACUAAACCUAUGUCAACCCAAAAGAUUUCUUCUGGUGGACUUCUCACCGCAGAGGAGGGAGAUACGACACUGUGCAGCCAAGGAUCCAACGAUGUUAUAGCCGACAAAAAAGGCUCUAGUCAAAACCCUGCAACUCCCUGGGCUGAGAACGACUCGGCCCAUGGCUUUUUUGCCUAUAUACAAGGGCUACAAUCAACUGGUCCACAACCACAUGAGUCCACGCCGAAGUUUCUACAAUCACGGAAAUAUGGAAAAUUUAUCAUUUUGGACGUUCUUGAGUGGUCUUUAUACACCUUAUUGAGAGCCGGAGGGGAUUUGAUUUCGGGACAGCUCCUUGCAUGGUGGCAUCUUCUACUAUUCUUGAUAACCACUGUCCUGCAUUUGUUCGCAUCCGGAACAUGUUCACUAGAUCCCUUCCAUCUGCCUAAGCCUCUUGUUUUCAUUGUCCCUAGGCUCUCAUGGUGUAUUAUUGCGACUCAAGUUAUGUUUUUUACUUGUCUCAUGUCUUUCUUGGCUUGGAGACGGGAACUCGAUCUUCUUCUUCAGGCCAAUGGGUUAAGCAGAAGGUACAUGCUUGACUACAUCUAUGAGGAGAGCCGCUUGAUUCUUUUCAUUGGGAUUGAUAAGGGAGUGUUUCGGCUGGGGACAUCUGAGCCGGAAAACUUCUGGAGAAGCGGAAAUGACACCAUGAACGAAAGGAUCAUUGGUCUGACACAAUAA